AUGGAGAAAUCACUGGAGGUUGUUACGUUACAAGGGCUAUUGAAACUGGAUCUGGAAUGUUUCGGUUACUGGAAAGUCUCGAUCCAGCAAGUAAUCUCAAGCAUCGACAUGGAAGCUUGGUUUGCAGUGGAGGAUGGUUGGACGCAUCCAACUGAGAAGAAUGAAGAUGGUGAAUUGGUGCAAAAACAUAGAAAGAAGUGGCCUGCUGAAGAAAAGGCUGAAGCCAAGCACAAUUCGCAGGCCCUGUCAGUCAUCUUCAAAUCUCUGCCAAGAGAUAUCUUCAAUCAAGUUCAAGGUUGUGUGUCGGCUAAAGAGGCUUGGGACAUUCUCGUAGUCACAUUUGAAGGAACUACUCGAGUUAGGCGCACGAGGUUGGACAAUCUUGCAUCUGAUUUUGAGAAUCUUCAAAUGACUGAAACCGAAUCUGUGGCGGAUUACAGUAGUCGGUUGAGUGGUAUUGCUCAAGAAUUUGUUGUUUUGGGUAAACGAUACAAGGACAAGAAGUUGGUCAAGAAAUUUCUCAGAAGUCUACCUGACAAGUUUCAGCCGCACAGAUCUGCUAUUGAUGUGUCUUUGAAUUCAGACGAACUCAAGUACAAUCAAGUUGUUUGGAUGAUGCAGGCGUUUGAGAUGCAACUAAAGAAGAAAGAGAAAAUGAAUGAUAAGUCAUUUGCUCUUAAAGCUGCAGAAGAACAGAAGCUUGUUGAAUCGCAGGAGCUUGAAGACGAAGAAAAGGGCUUCAGGAAGAAUGAUAAGUCAGAACGUCAGUGUGCUGAGUGUGAAGGAUAUGGUCAUUACAAGGCUGAGUGUCCAAACAACAAACGGAAGCACUCUCUACAAUGCUAUGGAUGCAAGUGUUUUGGUCAUACCAAGACUGAUUGCCCCUCCCAAGGAAGUAAUCAGAAGUCCUACAUCACAUGGAGUGAAAGUGAUUCUGAUGAAGAAGAUAACAAAGGUGAAAUUGUGAACAAUUUUGUGGCUCUGCUGGGAGUAAUCGAGGAAGAUGAAGAAGAUGGAGUUCUGUUGUUGAAAGAAGACAUUGACAAGACAAUUGAGUCAGACUCAGAUGGGGAAGAGGCAGGUUUGUCGUUGGAAGAUCAGAUAAGUCUUCUUAUUCAGACCAUUGUGCAAAAGACUCAAGAUAACAGUGAGUUGUCUGCCGAGAGAGAUACGCUUAGAUGA